UGUCAGUAGGAAUAUGGCGUGGACGUCGUCGGGUAAUGAUUCAGCUCGGUAGUUUAAACGUUAAUUUAGAGUCGGCGUAACACAGUCAGAGUUUGACGGUUGACCUUUGGCUGUCGGCGCCGUGUCGGUGUGAGAGACCCGGGGGAGGCGCAGUGAGAGUUUAGCUCAGCCCUCAGGAGGAAGUGUCACCGCCUGCACCAGCGCUCUCAGUCUCUUAGUGGGGGACGAAGAGAGCCUGUCUACGGUCAUGGCUGCCCUCGGGAACUCGGGGGCCACCUCCAGUCCUAUGGUGAUCCUGGCGCCGAAGACAAAAACGAAAAAGAAACAUUUUGUGCAGCAGAAGGUUAAGGUGUUUCGGGCCAGCGACCCUGUCCUGAGUGUCUUCAUGUGGGGCGUCAACCACUCGAUCAAUGAUCUCAACCAGGUGCCUGUUCCUGUCAUGCUGCUGCCUGAUGACUUCAAGGCCAACACUAAGAUCAAAGUCAACAACCACCUUUUCAACAAAGAAAACCUUCCUGGACAUUUCAAGUUCAAGGAGUACUGUCCUCAGGUCUUUCGAAAUCUAAGGGAACGCUUUGGUAUUGAGGAUCUGGACUAUCAGGUGUCGUUGACUCGCAGCCCCCCACUGAGGAGUGGAGACGACCAGGGUGAGGGUCUGCUCCUCAACUCCUACGACCGAACGCUCGUCAUCAAGCAAAUCUCCAGCGAGGAUGUUGCAGACAUGCACAGCAUCCUGUCUGAGUAUCACCAGCACAUAGUCAAGUGUCAUGGAAGCACCCUGCUGCCGCAGUUCCUGGGUAUGUACCGGGUGAGCGUGGACAGUGAGGAGACCUACCUGAUCGUAAUGAGGAACAUGUUUAGCCACAGACUGGUGGUACACAGGAAGUACGACCUGAAGGGGUCUCUGGUGGCUCGUGAAGCAAGUGACAAAGAACGGGUAAAAGAGCUUCCUACCUUCAAGGACAUGGACUUCAGGAACAACAUGCAGAAGGUUUACGUAACCGAGGAGCAGAAGGAGAAGUUCAUGGAGAAACUAAACAGAGAUGUGGAGUUUCUGGUGAAGCUGAAGAUCAUGGACUACAGCCUUCUGCUCGGCAUCCAUGACGUGGGCCGAGCUGAACGGGAGGAGGAGGAAGGAGAGGAGGUGUCCAACGAGGAAGAACAGGACGCAGAGAACGGUCUGGCCCUGGGCCCCGCGGCGGGUUCUUACGGCACCUCUCCAGAGGGAAUCGCUGGUUACAUGUCCUCCUGCAAACCUCUGGGGCCCGGAGAGUUCGACCCCUACGUGGACGUGUACGCGGUCGGGAGCUGUCCAGGAGCCCCUCAGAGGGAGGUCUACUUCAUGGGCCUGAUCGAUGUACUCACUCAGUACGACACCAAGAAGAAAGCUGCUCAUGCAGCAAAAACUGUCAAACACGGGGCUGGUGCUGAAAUCUCCACAGUCCACCCUGAGCAGUACGCCAAACGAUUUCGCGACUUCAUCUCAAACAUUUUUGCGUAACACUCAGCUGUGAACACUGCCACAAACUGAAUCUGACUGAGAGCUAAAAGUCAAUUUUAUCAUUGACCAAAAAUAGUAUGCACAUACAGAUCAUUAUUUAAAUUUGGUGAUCUGAGGCGAAACUACGUUCUUUCGUUGUAGCAAUAUAAUGUACUACUUCUGAUGCAUAUAUUUAUUUUUUAGAUUUAAGAUGUAUUUCUUAUAAAUAUUAAGCACUCUUAAUGGAAUAACUCUGGAGAAAUGGGGUACUUGGAAACAAACUGCUGUUGAUCAGUGUUCAUAGUGUUAGACCACAUCAGUAAUAGAUCAAAUAUGAAUAUAUUUCUUUUUUUUUCAAUUUGCUCUGGUUCCUCAGGCAUGAACUAAACAUAAAUGAGACAUAUUUGGAAAUGAGUUUACUCUCUUGUUGAGAGUUAGAUGAGAAGACUGAUACGACUCUCAUAUGUCUGUUAAAUAUGAAGCUAUAGCCAGGACAUGCUUAGCUUAGCUUAAAGACUUGAAACUGCUAGACUGGGUCUAUGUUCCAGCACUUCUAAUUAUAAAAUGAAUUCAUGGGAACUGAGACACUGCAGCUGGCAAAGAAAUGUGGGAAAUGACUCACUGUAAAAACGCAGUGUCUUGUAUUUAUAUGUUAGUUUUUGUACAGAUUAGAUUAAUCAGAUAUGACAUGUUAAUUAGUGAACUUUAAAUAGGGGGUGGCUGUAUUCCCCUGUUUCCAGUCUUUAUACUAAGCUAAGCUAACUGGCUGCUGAGAUAUGAGUGAUUAAAAGAAAAAUCCAUCGAUUGAGCUUCUCUAAAGUUUUUGGACUCACGAUGGACAUUAAAAAAAAAAAAAAAAUGAUGCUGAUGAUACAAAUUGAUGCAGCAUCUUUUUCAUAUUCUUCUUUCUGGUAGUCUAGACAGUGACCUUGUCUAGUAUAAUAUUAUUUAUCUAUUGAAGCAGGCCAUUUGAAUGUUUAGAGUGCCAAAUGUGUGGGAUCAAAGCUUUAUCAAAGCAGGAUUUGCACUUUGCAUACAAUUAAAUCAACUCUGCUGACAGAGCAGUUAAAUGAAACACAAUUUCAAUGCAUCAAAUAUUGUUUUCCACCAAAGUCUUUACUAAAUUUCUAAAAAAAAAAAAAAAAAUGUACAGAACAACCUUGCCAGUUGAAACAGUGAAUCUGUGUGUUUAAAUAGUAGAUUUUUGCCAGCCCUGCUUCUCGUGGCUACCACAGCCUGUAAAGACAACGUAGGGUGGCUGAGCUUGGAGCAUUUCCUUUACCCACAGAGCUGAACCUGCAUUAAUGAAGCGACUGAUUUUAGGAUCAGUCCUGCCUUUUUUUUUAUAAUAAAAUACAUCAUGUGUUGAUGUGUAAUUCGACAUCAAAACACCUCCUGAAAACGAGCCCAUCCAUCGUUAUUCUGGACAGACUCCUUUUGAACACGGUGUAGUGUUUUGUGCAUUGGAAUGGAAAACGUGCGCUAUGUGAAUCAUUGUCAUAGGAUAAGACUUAGAAAAAUAUAGCAAUAGAGCUAGGAACUGUUGUCAGUGUAUUGUAAUGAUUUAGUGAUAACCAGGGUACUGUGUUAAAUAUUUUGACCAUAACACUACAUUUAAGUAGCUCGUGCAGUUAGCCUUAACACAGUGAGAUGAUACAGCAUUCCUAAACACUGGCAAGGCAGCGUAGAUACAGUAGUACUCUGUGUGAUGCCUCAUCUACUCGAUGAUUGCACAUGUUGUAUUUUUGCAAAUCAGCUUUUGGACCAAAAUAUAUUUUACGAAGAAUUU